AUGUCAUCGUCAUCUCCUUGGCUGCGAAUCAUCCAAAUCAACGACGUGUACUUGCUGGACCAGUUUCCGUCCUUCAAGACUCUGAUUGACGAAUAUCGUCAUGGUCCAGAUCAAUGCGUUGUCAUUUGUGCGGGUGACUUUUUGGCCCCCAGUCUGUUGAGCAGUCUGGACAAGGGUGCCAGUAUGAUUGAUAUUUUCAACGUCAUUGGCAUGGACUAUGUCUGUCUGGGAAAUCACGAAGCCGAUGUGGGAGCUCCAGACUUGGCCCAACGGAUCCGGCAGAGUCAGUUUGUCUGGAUCAAUAGUAAUAUGCCCGAUUUGAAUGACAAGAUUGGGUUGAAAGACAAUAAUGACAAUCAUCAUCAGCUACCCAAAGAAUUGGAAAUACUGACCGUUGGGAAGAAUGGCAGCAAUCAAAAGAAGAAAAAGGUCGUGCUGCUGGGAUUGAUUACGGAAGAUCCAUCCCUCUAUCGACCAGAUGCCUUUGGUGGGGCCACCAUUCAACCCUUACUACCACGGGCACGAGAACUGAUAACAUCCUUAAAGGACCAGCAAGUCGACCUGAUUGUGCCACUCACUCAUCAAGGAAUUGCAGCAGACCGGCUCAUGGCCAAUGAAAUGGAUGGCACAAAAAUACCACUCUUGUUGGGAGGACACGAUCACGAACCCUAUCUGGAAACAGCACAGCAAGGAUCAUGUCGCAUUGUCAAGACGGGCAUGGAUGCACAAAAGGCCGCCGUCAUUGAUAUCCGAUGGAACAACAACGACAUUCCAAUCAUUACGGUAGAAAUGCUGGACACGGCCGACUUUGCUCCCGAUCCAGUCGUCCAAGAACGAGUCACAGCUCACAAGGGCAUUCUCGAUGAAUUGGAAACUGCCAAGCUGUUUGCCGUCGCCGAUUGGUUGAAACAUCCUUCUACUACCACAUCCGAUAGCGACAAAACUACUACCCCGCUUCCUGCAUUCUCGACACGCAACAAUCGACUGGGACCGUCCACUGGUACCACGGCACUGUGUAGCAUGGUGCGCAUGGGAUUGCGCUGUCAAGUAGCCCUGCUCAAUGCGGGAUGCGUCCGGGCUGGGAAAGACUACGAUCACCAUGCGCAUUUUACGUGGGCCGACCUAAAGGCGGAAAUGCCCUUUGCCACACCACUCUGCGUCUGCAAGAUUCCCGGCAAAGUCCUUCAAGACACCAUUCAACACUCGCGCCGCUGUGCUCCGCAAGGCAUUGCCAAGGGCGGGUAUCUGCAUGCGUCGCAAACGACAAUCUGCAACGAGGAUGGAACCAUACAAUCCAUCUUGGGAGAAGCAUUUGAUCCGGAGCGAGAAUACUUGACGGCAUUUCCUUAUAGCUUUCUAGAUGGCAUUGACAAUCACCAACCACUGCUCGAUUGGGCAGCUACCCGCGACCAAACCACUGAAUUGCCCAGUAAACAUACCACCGUUCCGGCCAAACUAGUCUCGGUAGAAUUGCUCUCGGCAUUGUUCUGGUUACGACUGGGGUCCUUUGAGGAAGUGGCCGGUGACGAUGGCGUCAUUUGCAAGAAUGAUCUAAGAGAGCACAUGAAGAAGAUUUACGGGGGAAAUGUCGAGAUUGCCAAUCUCAUGGUGGACAAUGUCUUUGGCGUGGCGGAUCGGGACAAUGAUGGGACCAUUUCCGCACUGGAACAGAUCAUUGUGCGGUUUGUCGCAAGGGAUAUGUUGAAUCACAUUGUCACGUCAGACGAGUUGCAAAUGAUGAAAACAGUCGUGUCCCGUGUCAUGGAGUCAUCCCGCGAUGGCAAGGAGAACGAUGAUGACGAUGAGACAGUUGAUGAAAUGGUGACAAAACUACUGCAAUCAUUGGAUCUACAAGGGAACGGGUCCGUGCAACGAGAGGAGAUUCUCAGGGCGCUUGGAAACGUUGCCAACAAGGACUUGCUAAAGUGA